GUCAAGCAUGCACAGUCUGGAGGCCAGAUAGAAAUUAUGGGUCUGAUGAUUGGCAAGUAUGUAGAGGACACUGUGGUGGUGCUGGAUGCCUUUGCUCUACCCGGAGAAGGAACCGAGACACGGGUGAACGCGCUCAACGAGGCGAACGAAUACAUGGUGCAAUACAAGGAUCAACUGGAGAAGGUGUGUCUAGUAGUAUGUACAUAG